CAGUCCACUCCCCUGCAUGGAGCGUAUUAAGAGGAGGCCAUAGACUCAGCUUGGAUCAGUAACACAAUAACAGCUGCAUUCCAUCCAGCUCAUGAUAAUUAGCCUGUGUGUGUUACGUUAUGUAGGAUGUUUUUAACUGUUAUUGAUUUAAAUGAAUAGAGAUUAGCUAUUUAAAAAAAGGUGUAACUACACAAUCGAUAGUGAAGUGACAAGACCUGGCAGAACAACAUGAAUAUGUCACAGACCUAUCAGACAGAUCUGGAGGUCAUACUGGAGUUCCUUGAGGAACACUGCAGGCAAGAGAUGAGGGGCCAGUGGGAAAAUGCCAAUUUCCACGUGAACCAACAAAUUCUUGGAGAUGACUACGGCGUUCUGUCCCACCACGUGGAUUCUUUACAAGUGCUUUCCUCAACAAAGGCUCAGCAAGCAACUGGACCGCAAGUGAAGGAAUCGGGAUUUGAUUCAGCUGAACUAAGGGAAUCAGUCAUGUCCAUAGAGGAAGCUUUAAACACUCCUGCUGAUGAAGAAAGUCCUUUUGGUCAACAUGUAAGCCCCGAGGAAAGUGCUCAAUCAUCACCCAGCUCUACACCUGCAGGCAGAGGGAAAAAGCUGCGUCUCUUCCACUUUUUGUUCGAGAUGCUGGAAGACCCUGGAAUGGCACACUGCUUGUCCUGGGUUCCUGCGUCGGUGGGGGUUUUCCGUUUCUCCUCCACUUAUAAAGAACAUGUGGCUGCACUUUGGGGCCAGCGCAAGGGCAACCGAAGGCCCAUGACCUACCAGAAGAUGUCCCGUGCCCUGAGAAACUACACCCGCUCAGGUGAAAUCAUUAAAGUGAGAAAAAAACUGACCUACCAGUUUAGCGGAACAACUCUGUCUACAUUACGGAGUCAGCAGAGAAUGAAGAACACCAACGCUAACAGGGUGAUUUUGUAAACUCUUUUUUUUUAGUCUUUCUCCAUCUCUGGUUCGUCAUAAUAAGCAUGAGAGGCUUUAAAACAGCUAUUCUGUCCAGUGUGACCUGUACCAGCUAGAGGUGUUUCAUGACACUAAAUAUACACAAAAAUGUAAAAAAAAAAAAAGAAAUUAUACCAUGCUGAAGAAAACUAAAAUAAACGUUAAA